AUGUCAAACUUAACUCCAAAGAAACAUACCAAAUCUCAAUCAGCUUAUGCCUUUGAUAACACUGCAACUAAUGUUGCUGCAUCACAAAUGAGAAAUGCAUUGAACAAUUUAGUCGAUAGUGUUUCAGAUGCUGAAGCCCAAAGAAAAUUUGAAAAUGAAAUGGAUUCAUUCUUUGCUUUAUUCAGAAGAUACUUAACUGAUAAAGUAAGUGGAACUCAAUUGGAUUGGGAUAAAAUUAAAUCACCCAAUAAAGACGAAGUUGUUAACUUUCAAAGUUUAGUUAAUGAUGAUGCUUCUAACUUGGAUAAAUUAGCUGUUUUGAAAUUGAAUGGUGGUUUAGGUACUUCAAUGGGUUGUGUUGGUCCUAAAUCAGUCAUUGAAGUUAGAGAUGGUAACACUUUCUUGGAUUUAACUGUCAGACAAAUUGAACAUUUAAAUAGAAAUUAUGAUACUGAUGUUCCAUUAUUAUUGAUGAAUUCUUUCAACACUGAUGCUGACACUGCCAAAAUCAUUAAGAAAUAUCAAGGUCAUAGAAUCAGAGUUAGAACUUUCAAUCAAUCAAGAUUCCCAAGAAUCUUAAAAGAUAGUUUAUUACCUGUCCCAUCAGAUUUUGAAGAUAAGAGUGAAAGUUGGUACCCACCAGGUCAUGGUGAUUUAUUCGAAAGUUUAGUCAGCUCAGGUGAAUUAGAUUAUUUACUUAAUCAAGGUAAAGAAAUCUUAUUCGUUUCAAAUGGUGAUAACUUGGGUGCUACUGUUGAUCCAAAAAUCUUAAAUCAUAUGAUCGAAACCAAUGCUGAAUUUAUUAUGGAAUUAACUGAUAAAACCAGAGCUGAUGUUAAAGGUGGUACUUUAAUUAAUUAUGAUGGUCAAGUUAGAUUAUUAGAAAUUGCACAAGUUCCAAAAGAACAUGUUGAAGAUUUCAAAUCUAUCAAGAAAUUCAAAAAUUUCAACACUAACAAUUUAUGGAUUAACUUAAAAGCCAUCAAAAGAUUAGUUGAAAACAAUGGUAUUCAAUCAGAAAUCAUUCCAAAUCAAAAAUCUAUCUCAUCAGGCUCAAGUGAUAUUAACGUUUUACAAUUAGAAACUGCUGUUGGUGCUUCAAUUAGAUAUUUCAAUAAUGCUCACGGUAUUGUUGUUCCAAGAUCAAGAUUCUUGCCUGUUAAGACUUGUAGUGAUUUAUUAUUGGUCAAAUCUGAUUUAUUCUUCUUGGAACAUGGUGCAUUAAAAUUAGAUCCUGGUAGAGAUGGUUUUGCUAAUCCAUUAAUCAAAUUAGGUUCUCACUUCAAGAAAGUUUCAAAUUUCCAAUCAAGAAUUCCUCAUAUGCCAAAAAUUUUGGAAUUAGAUCAUUUAACUAUUACCGGUAAUGUUAAUUUAGGUAAGAAUGUUCAAUUAAAAGGUACUGUCAUUAUCGUUUGUAAUGAAGGUGAUAAAAUUGAUAUUCCAAAUGGUUCAAUUUUGGAAAAUGUCGUCGUUACUGGAAGUUUAUCAAUUUUAGAACAUUAA